AUGAGAACGCUAUGCUGCGUUAGGCUGCCCAACAUCCAGAACCGGUUUAUUAUAUCGAGACUAUUUUUACCGGCAUAUCCAUCGAUUAAAGUCCAUCCAUCAUUAUUUCGAUCUUCAUCGACUUGGUCAGAUGCUACCAGGACGAUGCCGCCGUUAUCACCAGACGCAACGAAAGCAAUUGCACGGCUUCGAGCAUAUGCGCCCCCUCCAACAAGCUAUGACUCUGUCCCGCUCAGUCGGAGAGCGGCUGUGCUACUUCUUCUCUAUGCCGAUCCAAACGGAGAUUUAAAAGUGGUGCUUACUAUUCGUGCCAAGACACUCAGUUCUUGUGAGCUAUCUGAUUUCCUUUUUUCCCCCGUUUUUGCCCUCUUUGUGCUACUUGCUGGCCAUGCGGCUUUCCCUGGUGGAAAAGCCGAUACAAUCGAGGAAACUGCGUUUGAAACCGCGCGACGCGAGGCCGCCGAAGAGAUCGGCCUCCCAGAUAUCGGACAGCCAUUACUCUCACCUUUCCGGGUCGAGCACAUUUGCGAAAUGCCGGCGAACCUCGCUCGAAACGAGCUUGUUGUACGACCCUGUGUAGCGUUGCUGCACUCGUACGACGCGCAAACGGGCAAAACUGCCGAUCCGGAAACAGCGUUGAUCCCGCGGCUGGAUGCCAAAGAAGUGGCUGCCGUUUUUACGGCGCCGUUUCAUGACUUUUUGAAACUGAAGAAUGAUGGCGAACGUGGCCAGGCGGAAGAUGACUGGUACCACGGAUCCUGGACGUACUGGCACGAGACUGACUGGCGAAUGCAUCAAUUCCACGUUCCCGUGUCAGAGAAAAAUGUCACUAAACCGCGAAACACCCGCCACCAAAGCCAAACCACCAACGCUGCCAUUGAGCAGCUCGAAGAACGCGAACGCUCAGGCGAUCUGACAAGCUACCUGGUCUUUGGCAUGACGGCACGCAUCCUGGUGGACGCGGCGCGGCUGGCGUAUGACGAGGAGCCGGAAUUUGAGCACAAUGGCCACUUUGGCGACGAGGAGAUUAUUAACAAGCUCCGAAGAAUCGGCAGACUCGAUGCUGUCAAGAGGCCUGGAGACGAGCUAACUCGCGAAACUAUGCAAAAGGCGGCGAAGCUCAGUUGA